AUACUAAUUUGGCUUUUCUACGAAGACAACUUACAACAUCAACAAACAAGAUACCGUCAUUUACACAACUCGUAAACAGAAUCGUUUUAUACUGGGUGGCUGUCACCAAAGCAUCAUGUUUAAGUUUCAGCUUUACUUUUACUGAACAAACAUAUAAAGAAUUAGAUAAUGCUCUAAAAAUUGAGCAUAUUCUUUUACUAAAG